AUGACUUCACAGGUGUUAUCCGCAUUGAAACAAGCAUCAGAUAAUGUUGUACAUAUAACACCGAAAAGUGCCAGAAGAACAGAUAUUGCUCAAUCAACAUUAUCACAUACGACAAAAAACGAUGAUUUGAGUAGCAGUCCUUCUAACGAGUUUUUUGACACUACAUCACAGAUUUUCGUAACCGGAUCGUCCAUCAAGGAAACAGUAUCGUCAAAUCCAUCUCUUGGGUCAACGACAUCGUCUGGUCAACUUACUAAAGCAUCAGAAACAGCAGAAAAGCAAAUAGAAGAUGAUAGAAUUGAAGCACAACAUGUUAUUGCUGAUUACGGUAUUGAUCCCAAUGAAAUGUUGCAUAUGGGUAUGUAAAUUGUGCUGGCUGUUGCUUACUAGGAUCCAGAUAAUCAAAAUCUUUAAAUAAGGAGGCACAGAACAUCAC